GCCAAGUUAGGGUGUGGGUAGUGCCUAACCCUUACCGAACCUGAAAAAACAACCUGCUAUAGCAGAAACAGAGUAGACUGAGGAACAAUUGCGGGCGUUUUGCAUCAGUCAGUACUUUGUUUAAACUGGGAUAAUUUUUCGUAUUUUUCUCUUUUUUGUUUGAUGGCUUUUUUCUGUUGAGGAUUUUGAUUCUACGGAUUUCGCAGCGAAACGGAUUCUCACCAUUUAAAAAGAACAGGACGUGCUACUUUAACAUUGAUAUAUAAGUCGACCGAUACCUACAAGUUUUCUUCUAUGAGUACCUGAAAAUUGUUGCAAUAGUUAUAUCCUCAUCGACUCAAUUCUUACUGGAAUUUUUAUUAAGCAUUUCAUAUUACUUUCUACGUGAGUACGGCCCUUGUAAGGUUUGGAGAAAGCGUUAAGGGAUAAUUUUUUGGGGCUUUUGCAAUAUUGCUGCAAGCUUGAUUUUUUGGAUUACAAAUUUUGAUUGAUUGAAAUCCUUUUGUUGCUUUUUUACACUUGUUCACCGCUACAAUGUUGUCCCCUUCAUCGCAAAGUAAAGCAGUGCCUAAACUGCUUUUCAAUCCUGGAAAUGAAUCAACAGCGUCUAGUUUUAUAUUUCCAACACCUCCCCAAUCAUCGUCUAUUUUUCCACUUUCGCAGACACCCCCCAGUACCAUCUUUGACCUUCCGUCAGAACUUGCCUCAAGCGAAAUUGUUGUUAGGGAAGAGCACGGUUCUGGGAUUCAAAAGAAUUCCUUCAAUGAAUCAUCUAAUGCCAAUUCCAACAUUCUGUUAAAUGACUCUAUCAACCAGAACAACGAGUCCGGAACUGUGGACUUAACCUUCUUUGAACGGAAGCUGCAGCGCAAUCACUCAUACUGGACACCAGCAGCUUGGGAGUUGUUGAUUAAGACAUUAACACAAAUCUUGAAGGAUCAUAAGCUUGAUUUUGUUGAAGCGCGCUCCGUUCUUAUGGCAUCCGUUCGCCUUCCACGGAAAUUUACACCGGUUUUUGUCAGAUUUCGCUCAAAAAUGCCGAUGUAUUCCCGUAGGACGAUUGUUCGACACAUGCGGGGAUACUUUAAAGUACCUGGCUAUGAAAACUUUCAAUAUAAAUCAUCAACUGACAGCGGAACUCCGGGCGUGGAAGAAGUGUUGUUGAUUGAACGAGAAGUGACACGUUUUUGUGCGAUGUACAAUUGUACAGAAGAUGAUUUUCGCUAUCGGUUGUGGAACUCAAGUCGGACGCCGGAAAUAUCACAGUUUCUUCAGAAUUUAUAUAGCAUGUUGGACCGUAAUCGAAAGAGCGUAUACAACUAUGUUCGUCGUAAAUAUCACCCAUGCCCAAAAAAAUGCGUAUGGAGUUCGGAGGAGGAGGAAGAGCUAAAAGACCUUGUUAACAUUCACGGCCCAACAUGGACAACCAUCGGGAAGAUGCUUCAACGUAGGCCGAUGGACUGUCGUGAUUUUUGGCGCGAUUAUAUUCAUUGCAACGCAGUAAACCGGUCAGCGUGGACUUCUGAAGAAUGUGAACGUUUGUUGGCACUUGUCGCUGAUUACCAAAAAAAUAAUCCUGAACAGCCCAUUCGCUGGAUGAAGAUAUCUGAGCAACUGGGCACUAGGCAUCGGCAUCAUUGCAAGUUAAAAUACAAUUCGCUUACAAAGCAACAAACGAAACCAGAUCACAUAUUUUUGGCUGGUGAUAGUUUAUGGUUAAUUGAAAGCAUAUCACAACUAAAUGUCCAGGAAGAAUGGCAAAUUGAUUGGAAGUAUAUUUCACAAAGUACAGACAACCUUUGGUCACCGGAUAUAUGUCGCCAACAGUAUAAGACUCUGAAAUAUACAGUACCGAAUUGGGAAGUCAAGUCGUUAAAAGAAAUUCUGAACCACAUCAUCAAGGAUAUGCAACAAUUACCACCUGAACUUUUGGUUUCUAAGUUGUUUCCUUCCAACCCUUCAGCCGUGAGUAAUGAUGAUAGUGGGUCUGAUAUUUCACAGAUUCAUUAAGAAUAAGCAUUCAUUUUGUUGAGAAAAUUCCUUGCUUCACGACAGUAAGAAACGAAUAAUGCACUAGCACAGCCAUGGAAUUUAGCACUACGACAAUUAAAAUUCAUAAAGAAUAAAAAUAUAGCUGGAGAUGCCGGGAAUCGAACCCGGGACCUUUUCAAGGCGCGGACAUGCGAAUGAAACGUUAUACCCCUAAACCACAUCCCCGUUGUUUUAAUUAUGAAAUAUAGCUUUUUAUAUAGCACUAAAUUAGUAGGAGUAAGUUGAAUUUGCA